AUGCCUUAUAAUAAAAUUGGAAAAAUAACCUAUAUGUUUUGUCUUAAUAUAGUAGAUAUUGCUUCUAGAUAUAAAGCAUCAGUUCCAAUUGGAGGUAUUAUUUCUAAUAUUAAUAUAAGCUGGUUAAAAGCUAAAGAUAUUAAUGCUCUGUUUUCUUUAUCUCGCAAUGGUCCUGUUGAAUUUGAUGAACCUCAAUUAUCUUAUAAUAUUUCAGUAAGAUACUUACUUGAACCAGGUGAGUUAGAAGGUAGAAGACAUUAUGUGACUGAUUGUAAUUGGUCUCCUCAGAAAAAAGCUCCAAAUUAUAAAGAAUGUGCAAUUACCUUCUCAGUGGGUGCUUACAAGUUAGACCCAAAAGAAAAUCAAAGAUUCACAAUAAGAGAUGUUUGUGAAAUAGUUCAAGUUGGUGUUUCUGGUCUUUUAUUACAAAGCAAUG